CACAGCAGCCGCCCUGUGUGUAUAUACUGCUAGUGCGCGUGUGUGUUACAAAAAUCCCGAACGGAAGAAAAGGGGCAGAGCUUCGACGUGAAAAAAGGGAGAGAGGGCCACGUGAGAUGGUCCCUUGCAACGUGAUCUCGGCUACGACGUUAUUCGCCCAUGGCCCAAACGCCAGCUCUCGUUCCAUUUCAGUCGUACUUCGUGUGUUGACCUGUGUGUGUGUUGGUCGUUGAUUUAAUUCAUGAGAAACAAAAGAGACUUUUUGGGCGAUCAGCUAGACUAAAAACCACGUCCUUCAAACUUUGCUGUUAUUCCACACUUCAUUGAUGAAAUUUCAGUUGUUGUGAAUUUCAGGUUGAAAUCCAUGUGAAAGUUAUUUUUCAACUUUAUCGGUGAGUUUUUGUGACUUUCAGUUAACUCUUCACUGUGUACAUGUAUUGAUUUGUUGUUUGUGGUCUCUGUUCUUUUGACGUUUGUCAACAGUCGCCAUCUCGAACUAGAUAUAGUCCACCAUUUAAGAAACCACCCACCAUCCAGAUUCCCUUUAACAUUUUAUCCCAAACUAACAAAACAGUUUUGCAUCAUUGAUACAAGAAAUUGACAACGAAAUCAAACUGUCAAUGAAUUGUCCACAUUUUUGUUAUCAUAGUUAAAACACACUUGUUAUUGUUAUGAAGAAAUUAGGGUUUUAAAAACAUUGUUUUAAGUAUUGAAAUGUUCUGAACUGUUCUGAUCUGACAGCAAAAAACUGUGAGCCAUUUUUAUGUUGCAGUCAUUAAACCCCAACCAGUAACACAAGUUUUGAGUUUUGUUUCUUGUUACCAUUCAAGGCAAGCUAAAAUCUUACGUGGUUUAUAAUGGCGUCAUCAUUUCAGCAGCGUCACGUAAACCCACGCUGCUCACUACCUUCAUUUGUAUUCCAUCCGUUAAAUUAUAAAAUGACGUAUCCCCGUUACUUCCAUUUUUCAUCUUCUCCCCAGCUUUGUCUUUUACUUUUUGUCAAGUUUUUCCCAGGUCUAAAAUUAUUUAAAUAUUUGGAGACUGCCUGUCAAGAAAUCGAAAAAUAAUCUGUAGUUCGUGCAAACAAAAGCGCACCAUCAGUUUGUGCUUUUAGUUAGCCUUGAUCUGGGAGUAUAGCAGAGUCUUUCUACUGAAAGAGCACCGACAGCUGUCGCCUGUCAAACAUGUCAGAGAAUGAUGGCAGCAGCAAAUCAUCUUCAGGACCGUCGAGCGGUUCUUCGCGAAUGGAUUCAGCCGGCUCAGGAGCGGGCUCAUCAGCUGGCAAUUCGCACUCGAUUGGAGCCCCUUCUUCCCACGCCGAAUCCGAUUCUUUCCAACAUUCGCACAUGUCGUCGUUAAAAGGGACUUCAAAUUGCAACAUAUCGGCUACUUCCGAUUCGGCCUACGGAGGCUCCAUAUCAAACAGCCAGUCGCAGAGAAGUGGUAGUGGAAGUGGCAGCCGUAGCAGCAAGUCCCAGAUCAGCUCCAAUUCGUCCAACAAUGCCGGAGCCCAGCAACCACCAAAGUUACGUAAGGAGAAGGAUCCCAAGAAACGCAAAUCAAAACAGGCGUCCAUACCUCCAGUGCAAUCUCCUGGGCUUACGGUCGACCGACCAGCUUCAGCUGGAUCGAAUAAAGCCGCCGCCUCGGCAGCCGCUGUUAUCUCAGCCACGUCUUUGGCUAUGGCCAAUGUUUUUACGGUCGAGGGAGGUGACUUGGUAACGACGAGUGGACCUAGUCCAUCCGAUUCUACAGGAUUCUCAAGUGGCACUGGGGCGUCUAUUGGCGUCAGUACCGGAAUUGCAACAGCGACUAAUCGUAAUACACGAAUAAAGAUAGCCAGAUCGACUAUUGGAAUUCGUGGCUUUACUGAAUCAAGAGCCGUUCAAGCCGCAGCUUUGUCCAGGGCGUUGGAUUGUCUCAAAAGCACUGGAUUGGGUCCAAGUAAAGAAUCAAUCAGUUCAUCAAAGUGUGGAAAAGAAGAUGCCACUACAUCGUCGUGGAGAUCCAUUAUUGAUCCACUGGAAUCGAGUUUGAAAAAAACUUUUUCUCAUUUGGAGGAAGUGCCAACUGUCAAAUCAAAGGAAGCUUUUAUCGCGGCUAUUAGUUUACAAGAUGGGAUCGUAGUGUACGUCACACCUUCCCUAACCGAAAAACUUGGUUAUCCCGUUGAGAUGUGGUGCGGUCGUUCCCUGCUGGAUUUUAUCCAUCCUAAAGAUCGACUCGCUUUCACUAACCAAAUCACUUCAAAAUUGUUGGCUAGUUUGGACAAGGACGAUUCUUCAUCGGGUUAUUCGUUUAGUUCAGACGAGGGAUUAUUCCCACGCGGUAGCAUGAUUGGCAGCUCAUCCUCACCACCAAACAUGCUCUGCUGUCGACUUCGAAUGUACCGCGGUUUACGCACAUCUGGCUUCGGUAUCGUGGACAAAAAGACUUCUUACUUGCCUUUUAAGAUCAUUUUGAACUUGGAGAAGAUCACACUACCUCGUGAAUCUCCUGAAAGCCAAAACGAUAAGGAAACGGUUGCAGACGGCUCGGCUCCAAAGAAUCCCGAAGAAGACGAUUCCGAUUCGGCCGAGUACUACUUGUUGGCUUACGCAGUCCCAAUUUCAACAGCUUACAAAAAUCCCGAUGAAAAGAACUCGACGGGAGAAUUCGGCUUGCGUCAUUCCGCCAACUGUUUAUUCAGCGAAGUGGACAUGAGCUCCGUGCCCUAUUUGGGACAUCUUCCGCAAGAUCUUUUAGGCACUUCAGCGCUGGAUUUUUACCACCCAAACGAUCUACCAGAGUUGAAAAAGAUUUACGAUUCCGUGAUUGGUCGCCAAGGGAAAUCACUCCGCUCUAAACCAUACAACUUUCGAGCAUUUAAUGGGUGUUAUGUCCUCCUACAAACGGAUUGGACUUGUUUCGUUAAUCCAUGGACCAAAAAGCUCGAGUUUGUAGCCGGACACCAUCGAGUACUUAAAGGACCGUCUAAUCCUGACGUGUUUGCUAACCCUCCGGAAGGAACAGUUCCUUUCGUCGAUUUGGAUCCCACAGCAGCCGAAAACACUAAAAAGCUACACGCUGAAAUAUGCACCAUUCUAACUGGCUCAGCCAAACCUCCCCAUCAGGCACGUACUUCACACAACAGGGUGGAUACGGCGUUACUGGAGACGGCAACCCGCCGCCGGAAGAACUUAGCAACGCUGAUGGGUUCCUUAAUAGACGAAGUGGCCAAAGCAAGGGGGAGUAAUUCCUGCGGCAAUUCGUGUUCAAGCAGUACUUACGCACGUUGCAAACCGCAGUUACACAGCCCAGCUGAAGAGGGCUCAUUACUAGGCGACGCUUCGGUAGUGAUGGGUGAUAUAUCAACUCAUGGAGGUUCAGCAUUUGAUUCCAACAGCGCAGAUACUCCACUCUCUUAUUCUCUGCUAAACUACAAUCAAAAUUUAGAGCGGUACUUUCAAAGCCAGCCUAAAAUGAUGCCUUCAGAUGGAUCAGGGGAAAGCAUUGGUUCGGGGUCAGGUGAUUCCAAGCCAGGUAAAAAUCAAACUCCAAAUAUGAGCUCAGAGGAGGAAGGUGGUUGUCUUGGUACCGACGACACUUUCUCUGGAACGUUGCCUAGCACUGACAGCCAAAAGCUGAGCAGUUCGAAUAGCAACAGCAUUAGUAACAGCCGCAGCACUGACAGUCAAAAUGGCAUGCCAUAUGAAGCUGGAUUUAAGGGAUUGCCAUUAACUAAAGAAGCAAUGGCCAGGCACAAUGAAGAAAUGGAAAAAGAGUUUAUGCAACAGCACAGGUAUAAAACAGAUCUACGAAAUCGAAGCACACCAGGCCACAAAUGUGGGCCAACUCACUGUCGGAAAGAUCUGCAAGGUGUCAAACGCGGCCAGGCCGCUUCUUGGGAAGAAGGAGGUGCUGGUGGGCGGCAUAAGCAUCCGCACAUGGAUGCAUUUUGCGCGACGCCUCAUUGCUACCAGAGUCCGUUGACAGGAGCUGCCACCGGCCCAUUCAAUGACUGGGCUUCACUAACGAGCCCUUCAUUGAUUCCUUCGAAUCUACUUCCUCCGUUUUCCGUGAGUGCGACGAUGCCCAAUCAGCAGUCACCUCUCUUCAGCAUUCCUAUGACAAAUCGAGGGGAAGUUACCAAUUCGUUGCCAGCAUUUUACCUGGCUACUUCCGCUGGAGCAACAAGUUCUGGCAUCCGGUCGAAUAAUGGCAUGUCCAUGGGACCGUCACCGUACAUGGUUCAAAAUGAACAUCAUCAUCAAUCUCUCGGUCCUGCUUUCUCUCUCCAGCCGUACGCCGCAUAUCCCCAUGGCGUCAUAUAUCAACCCGUUAUGGUCCCUCCCAUGUUGUUUCAACCUGGUUUGGGCAUGAUGAUGUCCCCGUCACCCUCCAUGACGCAGCCUCAAUCUUCUCGGCACAGACCCUUCCUUCAUCAAAACUAUCAAAGCGAGAAUCGUCAUCGCCAACCCCAACCUUACCGUUUGUCAAGCGGACAUGUGGAUAAUCCUGUUGCUGGCCCAAGCUAUCGGGACGAUGGAGCUGCCAACGCCAAUUCAAUUGAGCAGCAGAACUCUUCAUACAGACAACAGUUUAGAGAAGCGUAUGCAAGUCGACAACAAGAAACGGAACAGUAUGGUUCGAAUCAAGCCCAAAAUCAAGCUCAGGGUCCGUCAAACCAACAACGACCAACUUGCAAGAGGAUUCCUCCUUGGAUGGAAGCCGUUUCAGUUUCAAACGAACUCGUCUAUCAGUACCAGAUUCCUGGACGUAACUCGACGGACGUCCUAGAGGCGGAUCGUGAGAGGUUACGGUUACUCCAGCAGCCCGUCAUGCUCAACCACCAGCUUAUGCAACUCUACACAGAAAUGGAAGCAGAACAGCGAAACGGCAUCGACUUGGCACUCGACGAUAGUGAAAACAGUAUCUCGUCGAGAGAUACGGAUGAGACGAAUCACAGGAGAAGAGAGUUGCGUCGACGAAGUAACGAUUUUAGACGAACGAUGCUUUAUGAAGAAAAUGCACCUUUCCCUCAACCCGAAUCAUCAUCCACAGAUGGAUGACAAAAUCCGAUGGACAAUUGUGAAUGUUACUUGUUUUUAUUUGCUAAUUUCUCGCGAAAUUAUUUUGAUUAAUUAGAAAGCGUCGCAGAUCGAAAGUUCCUUAUAUAUAAUUCGAUUUAAUAUUUUUUCAACAAAAAAGCCGAAAUUAUUUUAUUGGCAUUGGCUGUAACGCAUCAAAUCGUAUUAAUCAUGUUAAAAAAAAAUAAACAGAACUUUUCGAUUUGUUCUUUCUAGUCUCUGUAUAAUGUACUGUGGUAAUGGAUUCAAUACAGAGAAUUCACGCGUGUGUUACAUAACAGCUUAAAUAUGGUGAAAAUGUUUAUUGAAUAAUAAAAUGGUUAAAUUUU